GAUGUACAGAAACUUGAUUGCUCUUUAAACGCUAGACCAUUGAGUUGCAAAAUUUAUUGCUAUUGUGAUGGGCUGGUUUUUCUGUUUGCUUCUGAUGGGCUCAAUAAACAGUAUAUGCUAUGGAACCCCUCCACAAGAGAAUCAAUAGUACUUCCCCGUCCAGAAUUUUCACUGAGUUAUUGUAUGUACGGAUUAGCAUAUGAUUCAGCUAGUGAUGACUAUAAGAUCCUUAAGAUUGACGCUACAUCGGUUGGUCCCGAAGUAUUCAAUGAAAUUCUUGCUUUGAAAAGUGGUUCCUGGAAAAGAGUUGGUAAACCUUCAUUUCGUGUUCUCCCUGUGUCAUGUGGUGUGCCAUCUGGUAGGGAUUGUUUGGCACUCAUACAUGGAACAUUUCAUUGGGUUGGUCUAUCAAACUAUGGCAUUACUAUUGUUUCAUAUAAUAUUUCAAAUGAGGUGUACGGACAGAUACCGCUGCUGGAGAGAAUGCGCAUAUAUCGCAAGAGGUACCUUGAAAAUGAGGUUUCAGUAUUGGGAG